AAAAGUAGGGAAAACCUUCAAAAGGAACGUCACGAUUAUUGUGCUGACGAUUGGCAUUUCAGCCAGAAUCAAGUGAAGAUGUUGUUCAUCGACAUCAUCGGUGUUUUCGUUGUGAUUAACUUACCGUGCUUUUUCGGAAAGCCGAUUACUCUAAAUUGGGCCCAAAAAGUUGCACUUUCGUCCUUGUUCGUAGAAGAGAUUUUUGCUUGCAGCAAUCAGGAGUCCAAACAAUGGUCAUAUGAUUUCCACGAAUGCUUCAUCGAUAGAAAAGCUAAUGAUGGAGGACGCGACCUCGAAAGUAUUGUCGACAGGAUUUUGGAUCACUCCAAAGAUUGUAUUCGAAAAUCCGACAAAAAGUGCAGACCAUACUAUGAUGGCUUCAUCAUUAUUAUGGAAAAAGUCAUCCAGCAAAUAAAAGAUUAUGCAGAUAUGUAUCUGGAAUACAUUCAUAACGGUAGAAGUAGAAUCAGAGAUCUGAAUUGUGUUGAAAAUGUCUUGUCCAUUGAAACUUAUUCGGAGUGUUUUAAAGGUGCAUUCAAAUAUAAUUCCUCAGAGUUGGAAUUCGGAAAAGAGAUUGAAAACUCCAUUCGAUGUACCAACCAGAAAAACAAUGGUUGCAGCGAUUUGGCUAGAACUGAUUUGAACGCCAUCGUAAGAAUAUUAAUGGGCGUGGACGCCCCUGAGAAUGGAGAAGAUUUCUGGGAUAGCGAGCCAACCGAGAGCACGGAUCCACCAGAGAUAAGAUGGGAAGAUGUCUUAGUGACCGAUCCGCCCAAACAACAGGAACAGCCGCAGCCAUGGGCUUGGUAUGACUAUGUCUUGGAACCCUUUAGAUACGCCUGGAGCGCCAUUAGAUCCUUUUUCGGAUUUUGAUUCGUUUGAAAUCCAUGUGCAUGAGCCAAAAAGUGUUUUCAAUGUGUAAAAAGUUGUUGGUUUUAAUAAAAUGUUUAAAAUGUG